AUGUCCAGAUCGACAUCGCUCCUGUCCUCGGCAGCCGCCACCCGUCCGACGACAGCCUUCCUAUGCUCUCCGGCGACGACGGCUCCCUCGAUAACGGCCACGUACCACCGCGCCCCGACGACGUCCACGCCCACCCAGCAAGUCCGCCACGCGACCUUUGUCCGCCGCCCCCGCCGCCCCUACACCUUCACCCAGCUCGUCCAGCUGUCGGACGGGUCGUCGUACGUGGCGCGCACCACCUCCCCUCAGCCGCUGUACAGGACGGGCAAGGACUCGCGCAACACCCUGCUCUGGCAGCCGUCGGAGAAGAAGCUCCGCAACGUCGAGGUCGACGAGGCCGGUAAGCUGGCCGCCUUCCGUGAACGCUUCGGUCGCGCCUUUGACCAGAAGGCCCAGCCUGGCGAGGAGGGCGCGGCGGAGGGAUACGACGGCCACAAGGCCGCCUCUUCUUCCUCAGAUGCUGCUGCUGCCGCCAAGGCUGCCGAGGACGAACCGGAGGAUGAUGGUUACGGCGACCUCAUCUCUUCAUAUGCCCCCGACGUGACUUCCUCCUUGAAGGAUGGUGGGUCGCCCCCCGCCCCCGGCGGGAAGAAGAAGAAAUAG